UCCCCUCACAUGGAGCCAAGCAUUCAAAUGGGAUUGACGGCUCCUGCAAGUUUUCCUUCGCUGCAAAAUUGGCCGAUAUACCACACCGGUUGUCCAAGGCCAUCCGUUGAAGCAUGAAAGUGGAGGCGAGGCGACGAUAAGGUUUCCAAGGGGAGGAUGAGGAGUGAGCACAAUGGACUGAAGGUUAAAACACGUGGGAGAGACGAAGCUGGGCAGCUGGAUGCGGGCUGGCAUCCAGUUGAGCUGACGCUCUUUGAGCCAAAGCGUGUUGUACUGUAUGAAGACCCCUGACGCAGUCGACAAUUGGAUCUUUCAAGGCAGUUCCACAAAGGCCCAAACCCCUCCCCCGGCUGAAAGGAGAUGUCAAAGGUGUCAGAGCUGUGAAUAAAAUGUCUUUACUGAAGCGCUGAGCGGCGGCGACCCAGCAUGAAGCUGCGGUGAACAAGUUGCUUCACGCCUGCCAACACUGAUCACAUUACAAGACGUCACAACAGCUUGUCCUAAGAAGCAGGCCUCGGGGCAACUCAAGCAAAACGGUGACUGGGCCAGAGACCGGUGGAGACUCAGAGCCAAAGCUAUUUGCAUCCAGAUGCGCAAGGCAACUGUAACAACAGUGAAGGCCAUCCACCAUGUCCAAACACACACUGAACCUAACAAAAUCAUGGGGAAUUCCUAUGCCGGGCAGCUGAAAUCUGCUCGCUUCGAAGAGGCUCUUCACAAUUCCAUCGAGGCGUCACUACGCUCCAACAGCGGAGACCCGCAGCCCAUCUUCACGCAGCUCUACCUUAAGCCCGAGCCCUAUCCUGGCAACAUGGAUGCGGAUAUCAAACCCAAAGUGGAGCUCCACGGCGGUGAGCUGCCUGGCCAGGAGCUCCUGACCCACAGCCACUCGUCCAAUGAUGCCCAGGAGCUGGAGGAAGAAGACGACUCAGACAGCAACAGCCCCCCGUUACCCUACAUGCAGACCCCUGUGCCAGAGGGCUGCUGCACCAUGGAAGGAUUCUGCCAAGCCGGCAAGGACCUGCGCCUGGUAUCCAUGGCGACAGAGUCCAUUGACGUCCCCACGGGCUUCGAGCUGGUUGGCGCCAAGUCCCCCAGCGUGGCCGAUCACAUCCUGGUGUGCGCCGUGGACCGCCGCUUUUUGCCAGAUGACAAUGGCAAAAAUGCACUUUUAGGUUUUUCUGGAAACUGCGUGGGCUGCGGCGAGAAGGGCUUCAGGUACUUCACUGAGUUCUCCAACCACAUCAAUCUGAAGCUAUCCACGCAGCCCAAGAAGCAGAAGCACUUAAAGUAUUACCUGGUGAAGAACUCUCAGGGUGCUUUGUGCAAAGGACCCCUCAUCUGUUGGAAAGAUUCUAAAACGCGGCCUGUCUCCAGUGGGGCGUCCACAUCCAAACCCAGCUCGUCAUCUUCGGUCAGCAGCAAAGAAAAUGGAGGAACUGGUGGAAACGGAUCGUCUCCUUUCUCCCUUUCCGAUUCUCCACCCACCAGAAUGACACCAGCCUCGUCUGUCUUUUUCGGCAGUUCUGACCUGAGCAGAGAGUGCAGCUUCAUCAAACCUCUGGCCUCCACACCUGGAAACAAGACACUUCCGAUAGUUCCCACUGCGCUGAGGGUAAACGGGCCGACAAAUGGCCUGGCCGUGGACGGGCGUCCCGCCUUACUCAACCCCUCCCAGAUCACCUUAGGAACUCAGGGCCAAGCAUAUCGAGCCGCCGACUUGGGAGACAGUCCAGUGUCAUCCGCCAUGAACUCUGGCCCUCCCAAGAAGCGCCAUCGGAGCUGGCAUCCCACUUCAAACGUUCCGGUUCCGCCCAUGGCUGUCCCCGUGCCGGCCAUCCGACCCGCCGUCUGCCCUGCAGGUUCUGUUUUAGGCGGGGCUUCUCCUCAGCCCCCGGGGCCGGGCGUCAUCCAGCCUCAGCCUGUCAUCAUCCCAGACAACCUAUUCAACUGUGCAGGGGUUCGCCCCGUCAUUCUCAUUGGGCAUGGCUCCUUACCUUAUUUCUACGGCAAUGUGGGGGAAGUGGUGGUGAGCCCCCUGCUGGUGGGCUGCUACAAGAACGUCCAGCUGAGUGAGAAGACAUUGGAGACCCUUGGCCUUAGCAGCAACUGCCAGCAGCUCAGCGUGGAGACCUUGAUUCUGCUCACAUUACAGUACUUGGCACGUCUAGGUCCAGAGCAAAUCCCCCUUCGGGAGGAGCUGGAGCAGAUUGUCCUGAAAGCCAUGCUCUGCUGUCCCGGUGGUCCCGCCAUCUCCCCGUCGCAGCUGCCUUGGCUGGCUCGCUUGGAGGCCAGCGUUUCCGGGGGCGCCGUCCAAGUGGUGUUAACCCAUAAUUCACUGGGCGAGGGUAUUUGUGAGUCUCUGCGCUCCCUCAGCGAGGGUCCCCACCUCCAGCAGUCUCUUCCCACCUACGUGGUCAUCAUAUACUCCUCCAAGACGAGUGGCAACGAGUUCUGCGUGAUGGUUUUAGGAAAGUUCCAAGCACGGGCUUUAGCGGAGGGCAUGCUGACUACCAACGAGUUCCUGAAGGAGAUCAGCUACGAACUCAUCACUGGCAAAGUCAGCGUGUUGGUGUCACACUUCAAAACCACCUCUCUAGGGGACAAUCUGGACAAGCAGCUGGUGCGGUAUCAGCGGCGACGGAAGGGCCAGGUCAUACAGCCCUUACAGGGCGAUGUCACUGACCACAUCCACUCGCAGGAGGCCGCCAGCAUGUCACCACCUUCGGACAGAGAAGUGUUCAGCAAGAUCUUCCAGAUCUUUCCGACGCAGUUGAGUGUGGCGCGCCGCCUCCUCUCGCAGGUCUGCUCCAUCGCCGACUCGGGCAGCCAGAACCUGGACUUGGGCCGCUUCUGCAAAGUGGACUUCCUGGUUCUGGUACCGCCUUCUUACAUCCUGGUCAACCAGACGGCACAGCGCAUCCGACAAUCAGGCGUCUUGUUAGACUUGGGGAUGGAAGAGUCGUGCCCACCCCAGAAGUGCGACAAGUACGUAGUGCGACUGGAUACCGAUGUGCAUGCCAAGAUGGAGGCCUUUAUGAGGAAAGUCAAACAGAACCCAUACACGCUGUUUGUCCUAAUCCACGACAACUCUCAUGUCGACCUCACCAGUGCUCUGUCAGGCUCUGUAUGCCAUGGAGAGCUGCAGGGUCUGGCUGACCGGGUGGUUAACUGCCAGGAGGUCCUGGAUGCGGUCAACCUGCUGGUGCUGCAGGUCAGCUGCUUCCCGUACACGCUGCAGACGCACCAGUCCCGCAUCAGCAUGCACAAUGAGGUGCACUGGCCCUCCAAUGAAAGCCUGGGGUCGCUCUCUCCUGGCGAGUUGGCCUACUUUGGCCUGGGCGACUACAGCAGGUCCCUGCAGUGGGGCGUUGCCAGCCCUAUACUGCGCUGUGACGAUGCCUUUGAGAAAAUGGUCCACACACUUCUGCACAGACACCCCCACCUGCACAGCAUGGUGAUCCGCAGCUACCUGCUCAUCCAGCAGUACACGGAGGCCAUGAUGGCGCUGACCUCUUCGCCGUCGCUGAGAGACCACAUCACGCCCGAGACCCUGGCCAUGGUGGAAGACCUAAUCAACGCGCCCGGCCGGGAGGGCUCGCAAGGUCGCGGACACAUGCUGCUGGUGCGCGUGCCUUCGCUACAGCUGGCCAUGUUGGCGCAGGAGCGGCUGGAGGACGUGCGCGACAAGCUGGGCCUCCAGCUGUGCUUCGCCGUGCUGCUGGGGAGCCCCGCCUCGGAGAUCAUUCUGCACAGGAACUUCACUUGUCGCCUGCGGGCCUGGCGUGGAUGUGAGAACGAAGACUGGGUGCCCCUCACCUACGAGGAUCUGGAGGGUCUUCCUUGCAUCGUCAUUCUCACGGGGAAAGACCCCCUUGGAGAGACCUUCCCUAGGUCUCUGAAAUACAGCGAUCUGCGUCUGAUUGACUCCAGUUACCUGACGCGUACGGCCCUGGAGCAGGAGGUAGGCCUGGCCUGCACCUACGUGUCCGUGGGCGUGGUCCAGGAACCGACCAAAGUAGCUGGCCCUCGGGAGUCAGACGGGGAGAAGAUUGUCGCUGUCGUGAACGACGGAGAGGAGCUGGAGCGGCCUCAGAGCAAUGGCAGUGCGGCCACCAGAACCUCGGGCUCCUUGGUGGAGAACGGGGUCAGUUCAUCCGACAACGCCGAGGCCGCCCUCAAACCUCCAGCCUGCGCGCCGGAGGGUGUGGACACGUCGGGCCUCAAGCAGGAGUGCGACUCAGUGGGAAUCCAGCUCCCAUCCAACCCUCCCAAAGCCUCCAAGGCCCCUCCGUCGCUCUACUCCAGCUCCUCAUCUUCCUCGCCGUCGCCCUCCUCCUCGUCUACGCAGCGUCCCAGCCAGUCCACGCAGUGCGGCCGCCAAUCCAAGCCGUUGCGCGUGUCGCCGCGUACCGUUAUCAUGUCGCGGCCGGCGUACAAUCUGCUGUCUGCCGACUCGGGAGGCCAGCUCAGCUCCUUCUCGCUGUUGCCCCACGCCGACGUGGCCUGGAGCAGCCCGCUGAGGCCCCCCGUCACCUCAGGCCUGCACGGCCAGGAGCAGAGCGCCUACUAUCGCCAGUGGACCGUCGCCAAACAGCACCACGCUGACUACGAGGCACCGUCCACGCCGCACCCUCGACGCCUCCUGCUCAGCGGACCGCCACAGGUGGGGAAAACGGGAGCCUACCUCCAGUUCCUUCGUAUCCUCUUCCGAAUGCUCAUCAGACUGUUGGAGGUUGACGUGUUCGAUGAGGAGGAAUCGGACGAGGAAGAGGCAGUUGAAGAGACAUCAGAGGUGGUGAUGCCCGCGAACGCCCAGUGGCCAGACGUCGAGGACAUGCACAAGCUUCCCUUUGACCCCAACCCCCGAGAUUCCAAGUUCAGGAAGGCCAGCCCCGUACACUGCAACAAGAAGCCGAAGUGCUCCAGAGUGCUGAAGAAAGAAGAUGGAUGCCGAACGGAAGCCAAGCGGGAGACCAAGUCCAUACGGCUCACUCGCUUUGCCGCUCACAACGCCUUUCAUCACUGUGAGCAGUGUCACCAUUACUGUGACGCCAGCCCUGCAACACAGCUGUCCGAGUGCACUUUCCACGCCUUCACCUUCUGCUCGUCCAUGCUCGGUGAGGAGGUCCAGCUCCAAUUUGUCAUUCCCAAAGACAAGGAGCAGCACUUUGUCUUCAGUCAACAGGGUAGCCACUUGGAGAGCAUGCGCCUGCCUCUGGUCUCCACCAAGGACCCCGACCUUUUGAAGAGCCCCAUUUUCACACCAACGACGGGGCGCCAGGAGCACGGCUUGCUCAACAUCUAUCACGCCAUGGAGGGCGCCUCUCACCUGCACAUCCUGGUGGUCAAGCACUUUGAGAUGCCCCACUACCGGAAGCACUGGCCCAACCACAUCCUGCUUGUCUUGCCCGCCAUGUUCAACAACUCCGGAGUUGGCGCCGCUCGCUUCAUGAUUAAGGAACUGUCAUACCACAACCUGGAGCUGGAGAGGAACCGGUGGGAGGAGCAAGGUGUUAAGCGGCAGGAAGUUUGGCCCUUCAUUGUCAUGAUGGACGACUCGUGUGUUCUAUGGAACGUCCAGCAGCCCGCUGACAACAGCGAGACAUCCGACGGUGGCUCAGCGCUUACCAACGUGUCCCUGAAAGCGGUGCUGCAGCACAUGGAGACCACGCCCAAGAUCUCACUCUACGCCAUGUGUGGAGCCCGUAAGUGGAGCAGCAGCCUGGCCCGCAAGGCUCCUGGUCGGCCCUUCAGCAGAGGCCACCUCCACGACUUUGUCCUGCUCAACGUGGAUCUGACCCAGAACGUCCAGUACGACCUCAAUCGAUACAGUUGUGAGGAGGUGGACUUCAAUCUUCGGGUCAACAGCAGCGGACUCCUGCUGUGUCGCUUUAACUGCUUCAGCUUGAUGAAAAAGCACAUUCCAGUCGGUGGUAACCAAGACUACAUGGUGAAACCCAAACUCAUGGAAAUCGAAAACCCGACCUCCAUCAGCCCUUCGCAGUAUGUGUGCGCCCCGGACAGCGAGCAGACCUUGCUGGAUGCGCCGGCCCAGUUCCUGCUGGAAAGGUUCCUGCAGAGCUGCAGCCACCGACUGUUCCCCAAAGCAAUUCAGAACCCAAACAACCCAGUACUGUCCAUUGACAGCUACCUCAAUAUCAGCCCGGAGAUAUCCGUGUGCUACAUCAACUCCCGUCCACACUCCACCAACCUUAACCACCAGGGUCUGGUGUUCAGCGGCCUCCUGCUGUACCUCUGCGACUCCUUCGUCGUCUCUGGACUCCUCAAGAAGUUCCGCUUCCUCAAAGGCGCCACACUGUGCGUCAUCUGCCAGGACCGCAGCUCCCUGCGUCAGACCAUCGUGCGUCUAGAACUGGAGGACGAGUGGCAGUUCCGCCUGCGCGACGAGUUCCAGACGGCCAACUGCAGCGAGGACCGGCCGUUGUACUUUCUCACUGGACGCCACGUUUGAACCACCUCGCCUAAGAGCAAAGCAAAAGCAAAUGCCAGCCAUUCUUGCCAUCAAAACGCGCAAUGGGAGGACACGCGUGUGCUCGCCAAAUGGACGCUAUGCAAUGCUAUGAUUGUACAUCGACUUAUUUUAAACCACAGUGCGCCCAUUCGUGGACGUACGUGUUUAGCUCAGGGUUUUUAAAAGGGAAAAUUAGACUUAUGGGAAUAAGAGGGGACUACAUGUUCUCACUUUGUUUACUUUUCUUCUUGGCACCAAAGACAUCGUCGAGCUGCACCUUUUUCUUGUCCCGUCAUGCCUUUCACUGUCUGACAACUCCACACAAAACACUGCCGAGUGGACAUAUGACAGUACAUGCUGUCUUCAAAGUGCAUUAUUUGGUAGGGUGGGCCAUAGAGGAGCGAGCCAGCGCAUUUUCUGCAGCCCCAGCAUGUUAUACUGUAAUGGAGCUGUUGUGUGUUUUGAACUGCACAAAAUAUUUCCUAUCAGUAUGUAAUGGAAUCCAAUACAAAAUGUUCAGUUUGCUUACCUACCACGGAACACUUUGAAACUUACUGUCUACUUACUUAGGCGGGCUGCUCCAUUCUUCAUUACCAAUACCCGUAACAUUUUUCAUCGACGGGAGACAGAAAGAUUUAUGGUUGACCCACCACUAACAAGCCCCCACCCCCACCUCAGCUCCCACUGCCGCACACACAGGCUAUAACAAAUCUUUUUGGCAUAUAUCGUUGUAUUCCAUGUAACAAUGGCUUUUUGUUCAAGAUCGAAUUUAUAGGAGACAUAUUAUCUAUAUUAAUGUCACAAUAUUAACUUUGCUGCUUAUCACUGUUAGCCAAUCCUAAUUAACGUACCGUAUUUUCCGCACUAUAAGGCACGCUUAAAAGCAUUCAAUUUUCUCAAAAUCUGACAGUGCUCCUUGUAAUCCCAUGCGCCAUAUAUAUAUAUAUAUAUAUAUAUAUAUAUAUAUAUGGAUCAAUAUUCUGAUUUCUUGGAUGUAGUAUUUUCACUGUUCUGUAAAGCGCUUUGUUACAGCUGCAGCGUUUGUGGAAAGCCUUAUUGUAUUGUAUUGUAUUGUAUUCCCUUUAACAUAGCUUCAUCAAGUGGAUGCAGAAUGCAACCACAGCCACUAUUGUAGCUUCUAUUCUAUGCUCCUUAUAAUGUGAUUCGCCCAAUAUACGAAAACAGUUUUCAAAUAGGCCAUUCAUUGAUGGUGCGUCUUAUAGGCCGAAGCGCCUCAUCGUGCGGAAAAUAGGGUAACUUUGGGGUCUGACAAUGCUGGAUCAUCGGGACCUGUGGAUAUUUCUUUCCCCAGCCAAACCGAUCAUGUCAUUUGGGGACAAACUUGGUGUGGGCUUGGCUUUUAUGCAGAACUCCCGAAGGGUUCGCUCAGACACAUUUUCAGAAAUAGGCAGACCAAAGAUUUACUUGGUUGUUUAAUUUCACAUUUACACUGGGUAGACAGGCACUCCAGAAACCAGACUAUUUGUAUCCAAGCCAUGAAAAAGUCAAUUUUCCAUAAUAUGUCUCUUUUAAACUUAGCCUUGUCUAUGGGAAAGGGAGAAUGUGUUUUCUAAGAGUUUGUGCUCAGGGUUUUCCAAACACUAUACCUUAAGGAGAAGUGACACUCGCUCAUGCGUGGACCAAUGAAAACCAGGCAAAAAAAGAAAAUAUCGCUUGAGCCAAAAACAAACAGCAGCAAAAAAAAAACAAAACAAGAAA